UUGUCAAAGAGAGGCCGUUUGUGCUGAAAAUGACCGAGGCCGACUACCAGAGACUGAAGCUGUUCAAUAUCACGCUUCACCGCUGCUUGGCCGACCCAGCCUGCAACCACACAGAGCUGGUCUACCACAACAUCACCAGCGUGCUGGACCUCAACAUCCCUGGGGACGGCUCCCCCGUACUGCGGGCCACCAUCGCUGUGAUCUACUUUGCCGUCUCCGUGGUCGGGUUGCUGGGCAACGCCAUUGUGAUAUACCUCCUCCACUCCAGCAGGGGCGCCGCCAAGAGCACGAUCAACUUCUUUGUCUUCAACCUGGCCUUCACCGACCUGCUGUUCUCCGCAGCCUUGCUGUUCUGGGCGGUGGACACGGCGCUGGACUUCAGCUGGCCCUUCGGGUGGGGCAUGUGCAAGGUGGUGUCCUUCCUGACGUCGCUGAACCUCUACGCCAGCGUCUUCUUCCUCACCGCCAUGAGCGUGACGCGGUACUACUCGGUGGCCACCGCGCUGAAGCCAGCCCGCCCCGCGGGGCUGCGGAUGUGCGCCGUGCGCUCGGUGACCGCCCUCAUCUGGUCGGGCGCCGUGCUGGCCGCCGCCCCCCGCGCCGCCUUCGCCAUCGUGGCGGACAUUGGGGAGGACCAGGCGUGCCUCCUUCGCUACCCCAGCGGAACCUUCUGGCUGGGCGUGCACCACCUGGUGCGGGUGGUGUUGGGCUUCCUGCUGCCGUACGCCAUCAUGCUGCUCUCCUACCUGCUGCUGCUCCGCUUCCUCUGCAAGCACAGCCCCAGCGGGGUCAACCUGCGCCGCCGCGCCCGCGUCUCCACCUCCGUCGCCGUGGUGGUCCUCACCUACUGCGUCUGCUGGUUCCCCAACAACCUCAUCACCUUCUGGGGGCUGCUGAUCCAGCUGGACGUCCUGGACUGGACCUCGGCCUACUACUUCGCCCACACGUAUGCUUUCCCCCUGGCCAGCUGCCUGGCCCAGACCAACGGCUGCCUGAACCCCAUCCUCUACUGCCUGAUCCGCAAGGAGUACCGCAAGGCCCUGGGGAGCCUCCUGCCGAGGACCAGCCUCUCCUUGCUGUCCAAGACCUGCCUGUCGGCCGUCGGCUACUACAACGUCAAGACCCGAGAGGACCAGGUGGCCGUCCCGCUCAACAACAUGGAAAGCCUGAGUGCACAGUCUUGCACGAAGAGGUCUGCCCUGCACUCCACCACGGUCAAUGCCACCCUCGGCCAAAAAACCUUCUCACCGGUUAAUGACCUGAACUGA